GAAAGCCGCCUCUCUACCGGGAGAGGAAGGCUCUUUUUCGGUCAGAUGGCGCGUUGCAGUCCGCCCCCGUCAUUCUCCAGCCCACACAGCGAGAGAAAGAGAGGCAGCCAGCGACCAAUACGGUGCGCCGGAGGAGGAUUUCUGCCAGUGAUUUCAGACGAGCCACAGUAGGCUGAGGGGAUUUACUACGCCAACCUGACGCUAUUGCUUCAAGAGACAUCUGUUGUUUGAGAGACUUCUCCGCAGCCUCACUCAUCUCCCUGACCUGAAGCGUGCCAUGUCUCUGCCACGCACUCUUGGGGAGCUGCAGCUCUAUCGGGUGCUGCAAAGGGCCAACCUGCUGGCCUACUACGAAACCUUCAGCCAGCAGGGCGGCGACGACGUGCAGCAACUCUGCGAGGCGGCCGAGGACGAGUUCCUGGAGAUCAUGGCCCUGGUCGGCAUGGCUACCAAGCCGCUGCAUGUGCGUCGGCUGCAGAAGGCCCUCCGAGACUGGGCGGCCAAUCCGGCCCUUUUCAGCCAGCCCGUUUCCAGCCUUCCUUCCCUCGGGGGGAUCCCGCUCUUUAAAGUGGACAGCACGGGUCCCAGCGGAUCAGCGGGUGGACCGAGGAAGUCUUUGAGCAACGGGCAGCCGGGGUCACCGUGCGAGCGGGAGGAUCGGGCGUGUCUUACGCCCAUGCACAGUGGGAGCCCCCGGAGCCCAUGCUCUCAGGCCUCCCCCCAGCCACCAGACUCACAUUACCGGGAAAAACUGUCUCCCAUGGACCCACACUGGCUCAGCCCAGAGCCUGAUGGCAACGGCACCUUACCCUCUGCACCGGGAAUGGAAGAGGAUUCGACCAGUCCGCCGCAUCUACCCAUAGGCCACCCCGGUCCCUCAACAUCUCCAAGCUCAUCUUCUGGCCCCGCCCCUUUGUCUGCCUGGCCCGGAGGACAACUAGACGGUGAGACGAGCCGCGCCGUGGCGGAAAGUGUGGAGAGACUCCUCAGGACUCUGCCCCGCUCCGACGCAACGGAAGUGAAGAGUCUGCUGAGGAUAAACAAGAAGAUUGCCAAAACCGUGGGACACAUCUUUAACAUGGGCUCCCAAGACGCGAAGAAGGAAGAGGAGAUCCGCAAGUACAGCCUCAUCUAUGGACGCUUCGACUCCAAGCGGAGAGAAGGCAAACUACUCACGCAGCACGAGGUAAAACAAACUAUCCUCUCGUCACUUGACUGCGUCAUACUCACUCAUCUUUCUUCUCCCCUCAAGUUGAUCAUCAACGAGGCGGCAGCCCAGUUUUGUAUGCGUGACAACGCCCUUUUACUCAGGAGGGUGGAACUCUUCUCUUUGGCUCGGCAGGUGGCGAGAAAAUGUGCCUACACCUCCACUCUCAAGCAUGCAAGGUCUAAUGUGGAGGAAAACUGCGCGCCAUCACACAAAAGAGCAAGACUCGAAGUGACUGCACCCGAGAGCACGUCGUCGCUCCUCGGAGCAGACAGCGCCGAGGCCUCGCACCAGAGGGCCGAUGAUGACAGCUUGUCUGCAGAAAGUCCCGACAGCAUGUCACAUGAUAUAAUGAGCUCGCAAUGCAACAAGUCGCCAUCGCCGUGUCCCGUCACCGACAGCUCCAACCCGCCCACCUGGAGUCGCCAUCUCAUGCAACAAACGCUCAUGGAUGAAGGGCUGCGAUUGGCUCGCAUGGUGUCACAUGAUCGAGCCACCAAGGUCAAAUUGGGGUCAGAUGGAACUCCCCCCACAGAACAUGCCAAUAAAGUUCCUCCACGGAGCCCGAUCACAGCAUGCCGAAGCAUCAGCCCAAAUGUCACCAAAGACAGUGUCAAUCACAGAGCAAAGUAAAGUUUAUGAAUAUUAAAAAAAAAAAAAAGAUCACUCCACAUCGCAAAGGACUCAGGAUACUACAGACAUGAAGAGCAUCCAAUGACGAUAAUAUCAUCAUCAUUAUCAGCCUGCCGUGAACUGUAUGGACCUGUCAUUUUGUAAAUAAAAGCAUCCAUUCUGCAUAUGGAAUCAUUCAGUUUA